AUGGGGGCUGCUGCUGCCCUACUCUGGGCCCUGCUGCUCCUCGGGGGGCCACGCUUGGCCCCCACCCUGGGGCUCCUCCAGGACCAACCCACCGUGUACGAGGGACCCCCCGGCAGCUAUUUUGGCUUCUCCCUGGAUUUCCACAUGACGGAGGGCAGGCCCAGCGUGGUGGUGGGGGCACCCCACGCCAACACCUCCCAGCCCGGCGUGGACCAGCCCGGUGCCGUGUUCCUCUGCCCCUGGCACCCCAGCGAGCCCUCCUGCCACCCCCUCCUCAUCGACACUACGGGGGACGAGACCGAGACCCAGAGCACCCUGAAUCUCCACACCUACAAGUCGAACCAGUGGCUGGGGGCGUCGGUCACCAGCUGGGAUGGCAAACUGGUGGCCUGUGCCCCGCUGCAGCACUGGAACGUGAUGGACGGUCAGCAAGAGGCUUUCCGCACCCCAACGGGCGCUUGCUUCGUGGGUGCCCCGGGGCUGCGCCGCAUCGCCUGGUACUCGCCCUGCCGCGACCAGCUCAUGGCCAGCACCUACCGCGAGAGCUACUACGGUGAGGUGUCCCCGCUGCACCUUUGA